UAAGUGAACCUUAUUUUUUUAAUCCUCAGAGCAGCGUGUUCAAAAAGAAAGAUAGCGGUCUGCGUUACGUCACGCCCCCACGGCGUCUUUUUUCUAUUUUGCAUAAACGCACGCGGCGCGGUUGUCUCCUUUUUAUUCCUGAGCCGCUGAAGCUGAGCGCGGCUCUUCUCCAGAUCGCAGCUUGGUAGCCCCCAUAGACUGUAGCCCCCCGCACUACGCACCGGUCCAGUCUAGAGCAGCAGCGGCGAGGGAGAGGAGUGAGAGAGAGAGCCCACCGUAGCCUCAUCUCGGAAGGAUAAAGCCUUUUGAUUUCACGUUUUCGCUUCGCCGGGCCAAGUUACCAUUAAGUAGUGCUUUUGGUCCGACUCUGAUGGGAUUUUGCAGCUGUGUAAACUGAAGAAACGGCGCGGCGGCGUUAUAUAAGGCGAAAACGUACAGAGAUGAGAAUGAGAUCGACGGCAUAGCGGCACAAUAAUCGCAUGUGCUGGUAGGGCUUGGCGCUGAAAUGCUACCAAACCUCAAUGAACACGGGCCUUGUCUUUGUAUAUGUACAUAGCAUCUUAUCUAUAAUUAAUUUAUUAGAGAAAUACCCUACACUGGAAUUGCUGCCAGUGCUAAUGGUGUUUUUAUGUUACGUUUCUUUUAUUAACUUAGCUAAGGCUAGCCAAAGCGCGCUGCCGCUGGUGUGUCCUGCGUAGCGGAAUGAUGAGCAGACAAAACCUCUAACUGACUGGCGUUAAUGGCUCCUAUUAACUACCUAAAGUCUAUUGAAGAAUAGCUGUAAAGCAUUAUUAUUAAGUCUCCCGUGUUCAGAUCUGCUGGCCCGUUAUUUCAAUACAUGUUCUAUACAAAAAUGUUUUCAAUGUGGGCCAUGUCUUAAUAUGGAAAACAAAGAAUUAGCUACUGAAGAGGGUAAGCUGGUUAGAUAAGCUUGUUUUGCGUUUAAGGUGAGGUUGCAAGCUGAUUGGCGGAUUAGUGACACGGCGUGGACUCUGUUGCUCCUUGGGCUCGGUAUCUUUUAAUUUUUUCUUGGGUUCACGCUUUUCUUCUCAUCUCCAAGUACCACCAUCAUGGAGAGUCACCAUGAGGGUGCUGAGCCGGUGCAAGUGGAACCCAUGCCUGGAUACUUGGAUCUCAUCAUCAAGGCAUCUUCGUCCAUGUUCGGCGCAUGGAGAGACUGUAGUGCCUGUGGGCUGGAGCUUUCCAAAAGGACUCUCCUGGAUAACGCGUACAUCACGUGGAUUGAAAUCUUCCUCUUCUUCUUCUGCGCCUUUUUGUGGACCCAGGUCAGGCGGGGAUUGACAGAAAGUCUGUUCCAGCCUUUAGCACAGAGGUGGAGGCUGCUGCCCAAAGAUGCUGCCAAGAUGCCAGAGAGUGCGUGGAAGCUGGUCUUCUACACCAUGUCGUGGUCAUACAGCUCCUAUCUGCUCUUCUUCAGCUCCUACUCCUUUUUCCACGACCCACCCUCUGUUUUCUACAACUGGAAGAGUGGGAUGUCAGUGCCUCUAGACAUUGCCGUUGCCUAUCUGAUACAGGGCAGCUUCUAUGGCCAUUCAAUCUACGCCACAGUCUACAUGGAUGCUUGGAGGAAGGACUCUGCUGUCAUGGUGGUGCAUCACAUCAUUACACUGGCUCUUAUAUGCUUCUCCUAUGCCUUCAGAUACCACAAUAUAGGUAUACUUGUGCUGUUCCUGCAUGAUAUCAAUGACAUACAACUUGAAUUCACCAAACUCAACGUCUACCUGAAGACUAGAGGCGGAGGCUAUUACCUGUUUAAUGACAUAUUGUCCAACAUGGGCUCUGUCAGCUUCAGCAUCACAUGGUUUUGGUUUCGCCUCUACUGGUUCCCCUUGAAGGUUCUGUACGCUACAUGUGUAUCCAGUCUGCAGUCCGUACCAAACAUUCCUUUCUACUUCUUCUUCAAUGCUUUGCUGCUGGCACUACUGCUCAUGAACAUAUACUGGUUCUUGUUUAUUGUGAUCUUCGUUGUCAAAGUCCUGAAGAUGAAGGAGGUGAAUGACGUCAGAGAGUAUGAGGAGGAGGACAAGGCGGCGGCAGCAGAGGCACUCAGACACGCUCAGGACGACAACAGCGACGCGGGUGAUGCUGGACAUCACAACUCCGCCCACGGGAAGCACGUGCAGAACGGAAUCACCAAGGAGAAGCAUCUAUAACAAGCUUUUUGUCGCCCCCACCUGUCAACAAGCGGCAAAUACAACACAAGAUGCUCUUUUAGGACCACUCACUUCGAAAAAGGAAUAAUGUUUGACCGCAGUCGUUUUUUACUCUUUGUUUGUUUUCAUUUUAACCAUGUAAUUUUGUUCUCAGUAUUUUAGAGCACUGUGAAUGUUUUUUUUUUUUUUUCAGGUAAAAUGUUUUGUCUUAUUGUCGCUAACUUAACAUUUGACAGACAGUAGUUGGUUAGUGUUGGGUUGCACAGGAUGUGGAUCUCCACUUGACUGAGCGAGUGACCCACAUGUGUUUGUGUAGGAAUUUAGAGCUGCUUUAUAUUUAGAAAGUGGAAAACAGUAUUUGGCCCAAGUUGACUUUUGUAUAAAGUCAUUCUUUGGCCCCUCAUUCCAUCUUCUACAAACUGGGUGAAAUCAGAGGAGUAAGGGAAUCACUGCUGUCUUCUGUACUGGUCAUGCUGAGUGGCCUGGCUCCGUCCGCUGCUCUCACCACAUUGUAUUGAUUUUCAUAUCACUGCGCACAGUUAGUGGUAAUGGUGGUGCCUCAGUACUGUGUCCUUGACGGAUAUGAACUUAAAACACCACAGUGGUGUGUGUGAACAUGUUUAUGUAAAAAGGCUGCUGAGUAAAUAACUAUAGUAAAAUGUUUGAUUUUAGCAAUUAUGAACAACUGUCUUGGGACUUUUCUGUAGUGUAGGAGCCUUUUGUUUGUAGUCUUUCCUCAGUGUACAUCGCUUAAGCAUCUGAUGCUGCACUGAUAUGAAGGCAUGCAAGCUUAUUGCUGAUUUAAUGACAGCAAACAGCCUGAUUUGAUUGAUGGUAAUCAUCUUCAUAUUAAUACAGUGUUGACAAUUUUUUAUACGUAAACAUUUUUAAUUUCAUCGGUGACGGCUAUUUAGUUCAACAAAUACAAGAACAAUAGCCUCAAAUAAUGUAAAAUAUAAUCAUAUGAUAAAAACCUAUGUAUGCACAAUUUAUGGUAUUCAGGAAUGCAUGAUGGAAUGAUUCUGAAGAUGCUAUGAAGAUAAACAAAUGGUGAAGCCAUUCGCUAUGUAAGUUACCUUUUAACGUCCAAACUUAACUUUUAAAAGCUGUUGUAACCACUGAACACACAGACUGUAAAACAGACCAGUUCAAGCUAAACCUUAAUGUUAUGUGCGGUUCAUACUUUCAUCAUGUGUGGCUAUUGAAUAUACAGAUAUAGUCACAGUGACUGGGUUUCAUUGGCUUAUUCUGUGUGUGUGUGGGAACACAUGUCUAAACUGUUAAAAUAAGGGAUCUAUUUACUCUUCAUGAUCAAAUUCGAGCUCUUGCUUGAAUGAACAGCAUGCUUGUGCUGCUGGAGCAGGCCACAGAUGCCCUCUGUUGGAGGAGGAGUGACCGUUGUGUCUGUCUGUCUUCCUCAGCCUCCUCCUGCUUUUGCACCAUUUUGACUUUGUGUAGUUCACGUAGUUAAAUUUGUUUUGCUGCUGUUUUUUGUCUCAAAGAGCACUAUUCCAAGCUGUCAUGUUUCCUGUUUUUUAUGAAGUAAUCUGUUCAAACAAGAUAUCCAGGGACCAUCACUCACAUCUGGAUCUAGUUUCAGAUGUAAAUGCUGGCUCGUAUCACUGUAGUUCAACUACACAACAUCAGUACUGUACAAUCCUUUCUGAUUUUAAGUGUAAAAUACAAUGCUUUUAUAGCCUCAUGUUCACAAAGGACUCGCACUGCUGUAGCGAGCCCUGCUCUACUGUCUACUCUCUAGAUUUAAUUUGAGCUAAUAUUUUAUGUUUAGAUGGAGACUAGGUGAGCUAGACUUGGAUACAUAUGUUGUAUGGUACCAUGUGUGAAGGCAGCAGCUUCAGACUACCCUUCUAAGGCCGAGGAGAUCAAUAACUCCAAACUAAAACCACUAAUAUUCAAAAGAUAAAAGAAUUUGUCUGAUCCAUAUUGCAACAUUGGUCAAUCUAUGUUGUUUUAAGUUGCUGUUUUAACACUUGGUUUGACCAGUCAGCUGUUAAUGACUUAUCGAGUAUUGCUAUAAAUGAAUUGAUUUUAAUACAGACCUAUGUGUAAUAUAAACUUGCCCCUUUGUAGACUGAUCAAAAUGGUAAAACUUAGUGCCUCUUAUUGACCCUUGUGUUGUCUGGCUGAGUUGAGUCUCAUACUUUGACCUUUACAGAAAGUAUUGACAUUAAUGCUUUGACUGUGCCAAAAUAUCCACCCAAGAGGCAGAGGCUUGUGAGUGCUGGGGUUGAAUGGAGGGACACUAAGCCCUGUAUUUGUUUAUUAAAUUGCACUGUAAUUUAUUGUUAGUAUUUUUGAUGCUGAUCGUGCAUCAGAAUGGGAAGGGAAUUUAAGAAUUUUAAGGACUUAUUUGAAAAUGAAACAUUCAUUUAACUUAUUUGUUGAGGUAUUUUAAAUAUACAUGUCCAUUAAAUCAACUCAACACAAAUUGCCCCAUUUUGUUAAAAUUGUAUAACAUUAAUACAUUUGUAAGUAUGACAAUGAUUAAAACAUUUUUGUAAUACAAUUUUAACGUCAGAUGUUAAUGUUUUAUUUACCCACACAAUAAAAAAACAUGCCAGUUAACAAA